AUGGCCGCGCCCAACAGCACAACGUUCAGUCACCUCAGCUUCAUCCUGGUCGGCAUCCCGGGCCUGGAGCCCUGGCACCCCUGGAUCUCCAUCCCCUUCGCGCUGAUGUACACGGCGGCUGUUCUGGGGAACUGUGGUCUCCUCCUGCUCAUCGCCACCCAGCGCAGGCUGCACGAGCCCAUGUUCAUUUUCCUCUCCAUGCUGGCGGUGGCCGACUUACUGUUAUCCACCUGCACAGUGCCCAACACGCUGGUCAUCUUCUGGUUUGGACCCAAGGACAUUUCCUUCACUUCCUGCCUCACCCAGGUGUACUUUGUGCACUUUGGGGUUGCCGUUGAGUCAGGUGUCCUGGUGGCCAUGGGGUUCGAUCGGUAUGUGAAUGAGAAGAUCAGGACAAUAGCCACGGCCAUUGUCGUCAGAAGCUUUUGUGUAAUUGUCCCUGUUGUCUUUCUCCUCAAACGGCUGCCCUUCUGCGCCAGCAACGUCAUCCCACACUCCUACUGUGAGCACAUCGGAGUGGCCAGGCUGGCCUGUGCAGACAUAACCCCAAAUAUCUGGUAUGGCUUUGCAGUGCCUAUUUUAACCGUUGUACUAGACGUUGUGUUUAUUGCUGUCUCUUAUGUGCUGAUCCUCAGGGCUGUCUUCAAGCUGCCCACCAAAGACGCCCAGCGCAAAACUCUCGGCACCUGUGGCUCCCACGUCUGUAUCAUCCUCUUAUUUUACAUCCCAGCCUUUUUCAGUGUCUUUAGCCACCGCUUUGGUCAGAACAUCCCUAAACACAUUCAUAUCCUGCUGGCGGAUCUCUACGUGCUCGUCCCCCCCAUGCUAAACCCUGUUGUUUACGGGAUGAAAACCAAGCAGCUGCGGGAACAAGUGAGCUGUGUGUUGUCUCGGACGGGAAAUUGGUGCUAA